AUGUGGGCAGAAGCCCCUAUGUACAGUUAUGGCUGGUCGCCACUAGUUGUGGCACACAGCCUGUGGCUGUGUAGUGUGGCACAGGUUCUCCCGCUGUUUCUGGCCUUGUCUCUGAUACCUCUUGUCUUCUGCUACCUACAAGCCAUUCCAAGUUUCCUGCAUUCUACCUCUUGCCGCGUGCAACACCCAAAAAAGAAAAAGGUGCCUAUUGUCACUAGUUCCCGGCUGCAGCAAGAAAGCCUUUUCCUGCUUCGUGUGUGUGACGAACUUCCCCAGAUUGGACCCCCUUUCUGCCGGCCUGGCCUUUUACCCUUUGCUCCUUCCCCCUUCUUCUGCUCCUUGUCUGCUCUGCCCACUCCCAUCUGUCCCCCUUGUAAUAUUCAGGGCAUAAUACCAGAGGACCAGCAAGGACCAAUACUGGAGAGGAAAGCACAAGUGCCAACGGCUCCUUCCCCAUCUCCAGCUAGGCCCACGUCGGCUAAAGGCCAAUCUCAUCGCGUCCGCACCUGCCACCAGACUCCGUCGCGCAAGCGGCAAGAGCAUCCAGGUCCACUCAACCCACAACCCACUCGAGGGCCACAGUCACCUCACCUCACCGAGCGCACCUUCUCCUCUUCUCCUACACAGGGCCCAGGAAGCGACAGCUCUCGAACCAUUUCUCCUAAGCCGCCCAAGAUGAGCAAAGCAGCUGCCGUUAAGGAGGCUGUCAAGGAGAGCCUCCUUGGCGCCGAGGAGCCCGUCCAGCUGUCUGCGCAGACAAAGGCGAGAUUCGUUGCCAAUGCUGUCAAGGAUGAGGUGUCAGGAGAGCUCUACAUGGGCCCCGACGAGUUCACCAAGGCUGUUGCGCCCGAGGAUGAAGAUUUCCUCCGAUAUCCCUCCGAUGAACCGACCACUCGAUCCAUUUUACUGACUCUAAACCCAACACCGCAGCACAAAAUCAAGCGCGAACAGUACGGAAUUCUCUUCGGCAUCGCCGACCGUAAGGGUUCCGGCAAGAUUACCCUCUCCGAGUGGGCCGCCUUUGAGAACCUCCUGAUCAAGCCCGACGCCGAGUACGAGAUCGCCUUCCGCCUCUUCGACGUCGAUAGAACCGGCAAUGUCAAGUACGAGGACUUCCGAAAGCUCUAUGAGCUAAACAAGGGCCCCGACAGCAUUCCUUUUGACUGGGAGUGCGAAUGGGCCAAGUUGUACAUUGGCAGCAAGAAGAAGCGCCAUCACAUGGACUACCCCCAAUUCUCCCAGAUGCUGCGUGGUCUGCAGGGCGAGCGCAUCCGCCAGGCUUUCCAGCUGUUCGACAAGGAUGGCGAUGGAUUCAUUGACCCCGAGGACUUUGAGCGCAUUAUUCGCGAGACUUCCAAGCACAAGCUCUCUGACCACCUUCUCGAGAACCUGUCGACUCUUUGCAACAUCUCGCUUGGAAGCAAGGUUUCCUACGCCAACGUUCGCGCCUUCCAGAACAUGAUUAAGGAGAUUGAUCUGGUUGAACUGAUUGUGCGCCGUGCUUGCGCCAAGAGUUCCGACGGCAAGAUCACAAGGACGGAAUUCCUCAACCAGGCCGCCAAAAUCACUCGCUUCUCCCUCUUCACCCCCAUGGAAGCCGACAUUCUCUUCCACUUCGCCAGCCUUGACGAGCCCUCUGGUCGCCUUGGCCUCGGCGACUUUGCCAAGGUCCUCGACCCAUCAUGGAGAAACGCUGCCUACGAGGCUGACGAUGCUGCUUCGCAAGUUCUUGCCAAGAGCGCCGGAGCUUCCAAGGCUGUUCUCGCAUCGAUUCUCGAAUCCGCAUACAACUUUGGUCUCGGUAGUUUGGCAGGUGCCUUCGGAGCGUUCAUGGUCUACCCCAUUGACCUUGUAAAGACCCGUCUCCAGAACCAAAGAAGCGCCAGACCGGGAGAAAGAUUGUAUAAGAACUCGAUCGAUUGCUUCCAGAAGGUGUGGAGGAACGAGGGGCCCCGAGGCCUCUACUCGGGUGUUGUACCCCAGCUCAUUGGUGUUGCGCCAGAGAAGGCCAUUAAGCUGACGGUGAACGACAUUGUGCGUACAUACUUCACCAACAAGGAGGGCAAGAUCUGGACUGGCCAUGAAAUUCUUGCUGGUGGUACUGCUGGUGCAUGCCAAGUUGUCUUCACAAACCCCCUCGAGAUUGUCAAGAUUCGUCUCCAGGUCCAGGGUGAGGUCGCCAAGACUGUUGAGGGCGCGCCCAAGAGGUCGGCUAUGUGGAUUGUGCGCAACUUGGGUCUCGUUGGUCUCUACAAGGGUGCCUCCGCGUGCUUGUUGCGUGAUGUUCCCUUCUCGGCCAUCUACUUCCCUACUUACAGCCACUUGAAGAAGGAUCUCUUUGGCGAGUCUCCGACUAAGAAGCUGGGAGUUGUCCAGCUGCUUACCGCUGGUGCCAUUGCUGGUAUGCCCGCUGCCUACCUCACCACCCCCUGCGACGUCAUCAAGACUCGUCUUCAGGUCGAGGCUCGCAAGGGCGAGGCCACCUACACUGGUCUCCGUCAUGCUGCCAAGACUAUCUGGAAGGAGGAGGGCUUCCGCGCCUUCUUCAAGGGCGGCCCUGCCAGAAUCUUCCGUUCUUCCCCGCAGUUCGGUUUCACUCUCGCCGCCUACGAGGUUCUGCAGAACGUUAUCCCCUAUCCCGGCAAGCCUGAGAGCUCCAAGGUCCACACCGGUGUUGGCGAUGCCAUCUCUACCUUGAAGGAGAAGCUCGACACUAGCCCCUUUGCCCGCAGCCGCAACGCCCUCAAGAUCAUCUUGGACAUUGAUGAGGACUUUGGAAAGGUCAAGGUCCCUAGCCAGGAGAGUUGGAAGAAGCUUCCUGCCUUCAUGCAGACGAACGAAAACACCUCUUCAUGA